AUGGAUUCAGAAAGUGAGAGUACUGCAAGUUCCGUCACCAGCAGCUCGGAAUCCAGUGAAAAGAAGGUAAUGCCCAGAAAGAGGGGAAGGCCACGCAAGAACGACAACUCCAGGCAGGCGCAGAGCCAUUUCAACCCCAUGCUCUAUCAAGCGCCUCUUGGAUAUCAAUAUGCACCAACAAUAGGACCUGGGAUUCCGCACGGGUUUGUUCCCGGGGUCCAGCAUGGGUUUUACAACACCUUCAACUUCAGCCAUGGGUUUGGAUAUGGGCAUGGAUAUGGGCCGAGUGCUCCUCUUCAAGGAGAGGAGACGAGGACAAGAGAGAUGGAUGGAUAUCGAGAGAAAAACGAGGGAAGAAGCGUUUACAUUCCGGAGAGAAGGCAAAAGAGGAAUGCAGCGGUUGUCAGAAGAGCAUCGGCUCCCGAGUCUGAAAGCAGCUCGGACUCUUACAACGAGGAAUCUGAGGACGGAAUCGAGAAGCUGCUGAAAUAUGACUCCGAGAGCGAAAGGUACUUUGUCAAGUUCAAGCAUAAGAGCUAUCUCCACUGCGACUGGGUUCCAAAAUCUGAGAUUAUGGCCUCGAAGGUUGGGGCGAUGAAAGUGAAGAAGUUCCGAGCGACGGAGGUUCCCUUCAAUCCCGAUUUCGUGAAAGUGGAUAGAAUACUUCACGAGGACUAUGAUGGAGAGAAGGUGUUUUUGGUGAAGUGGAGGGGCCAGGCCUAUGAGCUAUCGACCUUUGAAACUGCAGAGAGUGUGACGAAGUGCGAGGGAUUUGAGGAGGAACUGAAGAAGUACAGAGAUAGAAAGAAGAUAAGGAAUAUGAGGGUAGGGAUUGAUUGGAGACCACCCCGAGAGAACUUUAUUAAGUACGAGGAGUCUCCUGUGUUCAAGGGAGGAAACAGGCUUAGGGAGUACCAGCUUGAAGGGCUCAAUUGGCUGCUGAAUAGGUGGUACUAUAAACAGAGCUGUAUCAUGGCAGAUGAGAUGGGGCUAGGAAAGACCGUACAGAGUGUGACGUUUAUCAAUACUCUUUUUACCAAAUACGACUACUGUGCGCCUGUGCUUGUUGUGACGCCUCUUAGCAUUAUUCCGCAUUGGGAAAGGGAGUUUGAGGCCUGGACAGACCUGAGAGUGCUGAAGUACCAUGAGAAUCGACCUGGAAGAGCAUUGAUAGCUGAGUAUGAGUUUGUAUUAAAGAAAAACAAUCUCGAGAUUAGAUUAUUUGACGUGCUGAUUACGACAUAUGACACAGUCAUGGCUGAGCAGGAGCAUCUGAGCCAGUUCCACUUUUCUGUUGGGAUAUUUGAUGAGGCACAUCGACUGAAGAAUGCAAAAUCCAAGGCAGCCACUAUCCUGAGGACGCUGAAGUUCAACCACAAGGUGCUGUUAAGUGGAACUCCUCUCCAGAACAACAUUUCUGAGCUCUGGUCUCUGCUAAACUUUAUUGACCCGAUGCGGUUUUCGAGUCUUCCCCACUUUCUCGGGGAGUUCAAGAUGGAAAAUAUCAACGAUGUUGAGAAGCUCCAGGGGCUGCUGAGGCCCUUAAUGCUUCGAAGGAUGAAAGAAGAUGUCGAGAAGUCAAUCCCGACGAAGGAGGAGACGAUUAUCGAGGUUGCGCUGACGAUGAUCCAGAAGAGGUUCUACAGGGCAAUACUUGAGAAGAACAUUGAGUUUCUAACGAAGGGAGGAAAGGAAUCUGCACCGAACCUGCUGAAUGUGAUGAUGGAGCUUCGGAAGUGCUGUAUACACCCGUAUCUCAUCAAGGGGGCGGAGGAGCAGAUACUCAGCGGAUAUCUCAAGAAGAAGAGGGAGAGGAGUAAGGCCGAGGGGGCGGAGAACGACAUUACCCUGACUUCUGAGGUGUUGAAUGAGGAUGAGCACCAGGACGGAAAUAGUGUGAUAAGCGAUAUUGAUGAGUAUUACAAAAUAUUUAUCCAGAGCAGUGGAAAGCUUGUGCUUCUGGACAAGCUCCUUGGAAAGCUGAAGGAUGGACACAAGGUGCUUAUAUUUUCGCAGAUGACCCGGUGCCUAGACCUUCUUGCAGAGUAUCUUGCAUACAGAAAGUAUAAGUACGAAAGGAUUGAUGGGGGAGCCAGGACGGAGAACAGACAGGCUGCGAUCGACAGGUUUAGCGACAAGACAAGUGAUGUUUUUGUGUUUCUUCUGAGCACCCGUGCCGGAGGAGUGGGGAUAAACCUGACUGCGGCUGACACAGUGAUUAUUUUUGACUCUGACUGGAAUCCUCAGAAUGACCUCCAGGCGCAAGCUAGAUGCCAUAGAAUUGGGCAGACCAGCGAAGUGAAAGUGUAUAGGCUGGUGACGGAGAAUACAUAUGAAAGAGAGAUGUUUGACAAGGCAGGGUUGAAGCUGGGGCUUGACAGGGCGGUGCUGCAAAAGAUGACAUUUGAGGAGCAGAAGAGCGAAAAGACCAGGAAGAAGGAUGCAAUAGAAACUCUUCUUCGGAAAGGAGCAUAUGGGGUCCUUAUGGAAACGGACGAUGCAUCGAGCAGGAAGUUCUGUGAGGAGGACAUCGACCAAAUUCUUGAAAGAAGAACGAAGAUUGUAAAGCAUUCUGAUGGGGGAAAUGUGUUUUCAAAGGCAUCCUUUCAGGUUGAAGAGGAGAUUGAUGAUCCUGACUUCUGGGAGAAUCUUCUCAGCAAAAGAAAAAGCGAGGAGAGUGAGGGUAGGAUUAGGAGGCAAAUGCGAAGGCUUGCCAGGGAAGGCGGGUUGUCCUCUGAGGACAUUUCCGAGAUUGAUGAGCUGCUGAACACAAAGCUUGAAAGCGAGGAUGAAAAUGUAUUUUACGAAAACCAGUGCCUACUUAUAUUUCUUGGGGUCCUCAGGUUUGGGCCUAGAUCUGUUGGCCUUGAGAUUCCUUCAUUAACGCAUGAGGACUUGAAGGACGGGGUGGAAAAGGCCCAUAUAUUGCCCCAGUCGCCUCGUUUCAAGGAUACGGAUGCAUAUUUCAGGUACCUUGUGAAAUAUACGGUCGACCAAUUCCAAAGCACAAAGGUCAGAUCGGACUUUUCCGACGGAAUAGAAGAGUUUCUUGUUGACAACUACGAUCCUUCGUUGUUUUCGAAGUUCGGGAGCGUCUACAAGAAGUAUGGAGAGAGGUUUCUCCUGCGGAUCCAAGUGGUGAUGAUCUUGAAUUCCCUGCUGAAGACAGAAGAUCUUGCUGUUGAGAAGGUCAGGGGCUGGACCAGCGAUGAUGACAGGGCGCUUGUCAGUCUAACGCUGAAGUAUGGAUACGACUGCUAUCCUGAAACGAUUAGGAACAAAAGCGUGGACGAUAUGAACCAGCGCAUUAGAAAGAUAGUUUCCACGCUGAGUAGAAAGAAAGAGGUUCGCGAAGACGACAACCUAUUCCACAAGGCCAUAAUGAUAUUUGGAAGAGUAACCGAUGACAACCGAGAAAGUAUAGUUGAGUUUCUAGGAGACAAGGAUAUAGAAGGACUGGAGGAGACCAUCAAUAGGAUACUGGGGGAAGCGAAAAGACAUAAGCUUAGCAGCUCAGAAAUAGAGUGUCUCGAUAGGAUGAGCUGGUUCAAUAGUCUGGAAUCUAUGACAAAGAUUCCCCAGCCCAAAAGAGGGAUGCUUCCAAAGAACUGGAACGCCAAGACAUUAUCGGAGUUGCGAGGUGAGAUACUGGCCAAAGGCCUUGCUUCUGCUGGGGAGAGGUUUGGAGUUAGUGAGGACUUUAUAGUGAAGAAGUUCGAGGCACUAUUUCCUUCUGGCAGGCCUGCACAAAAUUAA